AUGACUCCAACAAAAGUAGUUACCACUACAGAACCUCCAGAUCUUGAAAACAGAUUUAUCGAUAUCAAACGUAGUUUGGUUUCUCCGGAAAAUAUCGAAAAGGUGACUCAAAGCUGGAAGCGAUUGCUUAGAGCAUUGGAGAAACAGGCUGAUACCAUUUCUGAGGAGGGCCCCAAAUACGUUCCACAGGUUGACUUUAAAGAUAUUGUUGCCAACAACAAUCAACUUCCUGACAAUGUAUCUGCACUUUUUAAGGAGAGAGGUACAUUAAUGAUCCAUAAUGUAGUUGAUGAAGAACAAAUAGACACUUGGUUCAACGAGUUAGUUGGUUUUUGCAAAGAACACCCCGAGACUGCUGGUUACACCUAUCCUAAUCCAACUGCAUGGUAUAAUGUUUUUUGGUCGAAACCACAAUCUGAAGCCAGAUUCCACCCAAAUACCCGUGCUUUAUUCAAAGCUAUGGCAAACCAAUUCCAUGUCGAGAACGAAGAUCUGUUGAUUGAUAUCAACACCCAGGUCGUCUACGGUGACCGUAUCAGGAUCAGAGAACCUGGUUCUGUUGCUUCAUUGAAAUUGCACUUGGACUCCAGUUCCAUUGAAAGAUGGGAAGAUGAGCACUACCGUCAAGCAUACCAUGAAAUAUUGGAAGGAAACUGGGAAGAAUGGGAUGCAUUUCGUCUUGAUGAAAGAACUUAUGCAAACGAAAACCUUUAUGAACAUGUUCUUACUGGAAAAUCGACCAUCUGUUCAGCAUUUCGCACUUUGCAGGGAUGGUUGGCACUUAGCAACAACAAAUCUGGAGAAGGUACUUUAAGAGUCUUACCCAACUUGAAGAUGGCAAUGGCCUAUAUAAUUCUUAGACCAUUGUUCUGGAGAGACCCAGUUAGUGGUGAUAUCGAUGAUUAUGAAAUUGAUUUGGAAACACCAAAGUUUCCUGGUUCCGUUCCUUCUACUGGUCAAUUGUUUCUUCCAGAAGAAUACUUUCCACAUUUGUAUCAUCAGAAGUCUGUUAUUUCUAUCCCAGACGUUCGUAAGGGAACAUUUGUCUUUUGGCAUGUAGAUAUCCCCCAUGAGGUAGACAAGGAACACAACGGUGAAGGUCAUUCAAGUGUUUUCUACUAUGGUCAAACUCCAUUGUCUAUCACUAAUAUUAGGACAAUUUUAGAUACCAAGAAAGCAUUCUUAAACAACAAGUCUCCAGAAGAUUACAGCUCUCAGUUGUCUGAAACAGAGAAGGCAAAAGAAUAUCAAGGCGCGGAUAUCAACCACAUUAAAAACAUUGAAGGUAUGAGAUCAAUGGGAUUAGAACCAUUUGAUGUUAACGAACCAUUCUUAACAAAAGGUCAAAGGGAGGUUAGAGCAUUGGCUAAUGAAGCUUUAAAAGCGGGUACUUUUGAUCCCCAUUCGUAA